AUGUUUGAGCGUACGGUUGAACUUGAAAGCUCUAUUCGUGGAACUCUAGGUUUGUUAGAUAACCCUCCUGAAGGACUAAGUGUCGAAGAAUGGAAAGUAACGAGAGAACUUUGCAUAGUGUUACGACCUUUUGAAGAGGCUACAAGAGCUGUAAGUGGAGAUAAAUACAUGACAGCUUCUUUAGUAAUUAUAUUAUCAGAAGGGCUUAAAAAUGUAUGCAACCAACUCCAAAAAGAAAAUUACCAUCCAAGAGUAAACAAAGUUGUAGAAAAAUUAUUAUCUGAAAUGCAGGAUAGAGAUCGUUGGGGUUGCAUUAUUAGUAGUAAGACUUUGGCCCACUGUACAUUCCUCGAUCCGCGUUUUAAAAAUAUCCCGUUUACUGGAAAUCUCCUGCAAACAAUUAAAAGUGACAUUAUAGAAAAAACUGCAUCAAUAAUAUCAGAUAACAGGACAGACAAUGAAGUGCAACCUACAUCUACCGCUACAUCAACAGAAAAUGAAAAAGGUUUUUCAAUUUGGAGUUCGAUUGACUCAAAAGUGGCCCAAGUUCAACCUACAGGAACCAACACCUCUAGAGCUAUUAUAGAGGUACAAAGGUACUUAGAAGAUGCCAUACAGAAUCGCAAUACUGAUGCAUUAAAAUGGUGGAAGGAUAGCAAGUAUAAUUAUCCAUAUUUGAGUCAGCUUGCCAGAAAAACACUUUGCUGUCUUGGUACAUCGGUGCCCUGUGAACGCGUGUUUUCAAAAGCUGGGUUACUUAUCAGUGACCAUCGAAGUAGACUUAGCAGCAAUAAAGUAUAA